AUGUUGCUUCUUCUGUGGGUUUCCACAGCUACUAUGGUUUACGCAAGAAUCAACAGAGACGACAGCUUGAUGCCAAAUGCGGAACUACGAUAUCGCGACGCCAACGACGAUAUUCUAGAUGAACAAGCCGCUAAUGAGAUAUUCGGCAGCGAAAGAGGAGGUUUGACAUCGGAACAGCAACAUCCACCAUCAACAAAUGUCGUCCCUUACGACAUAAAUGUUGAUCCCAACUAUCCUGUCCACGCUCCACGUGCUCGAGCCCUGGCCGGCGAAUUUUCUACCAAUCAGGUUGACGAGCAGUUCAGAACAGGUUACCGAUGGGGAUCGAGUCCUGCACGAACACUAACACGGUACCAAGGCUUCAGAACUGAUCAAACUUUGCGACGUAGCCCAACCUACAGCGUUCAACAACCGUAUGGAUACGCUUCGUAUGCUGGAUCUCAGUCUCCUUAUGGUAUUACACAGGUA